AUCCUCCCGACCGCAUCUCUUCUUCUUCCUCUGCUCGCUCCGGACAGCUCGCCGGCGCGUCGAGUAGAAACCCUAAAAAACCCCGCCUCCUCCCCUCUCCCGCGGAGCCCUCCCCUCGCCGGGGGUAGGGCUAAGGGGGUUGCCUCCCGCCAUGGACGCCAUGCGGAAGCAGCUGGACGUCCUCAUGGGCGCCAAUCGCAACGGCGACGUGGAGGAGGUCAACCGGAACUACUACGACCGCGACGUCUGCCGCCUCUUCCUCGCGGGCCUAUGCCCGCACGACCUCUUCCAGCUCACGAAAAUGGAUCUUGGACCUUGCUCCAAGAUUCCCUCGCUUCAGCUGCGGAAAGAGUGGAGGUCCCGCGGCUUCUCCGACUUCGGCGACGUGGGGAACUGUCCGGGCAGCGCUGAGUGAGCGGAUCUGAACGGCGGGGCGAGCUUUCGGUCGGUCGGGGAAGGGAAGACGGAAGGAGGUGCGGCGUGGCGGCCGAGAAACGGAUGCGCGUCGCCGAUUGGGGCGGGGGCGGAGCUGUUGUGGGGGAUCGACGGCAGCACGGCGGGUAGGUGGGUCGACGGCCGUGGGGUCGCGCGGCGGCUAGGGUUCAGUCGGCGAAGGGAAGACGAAGGAGGCGAUGCGCGUCGACGGAACAACGGCGGCGAGAGGCUGCUUUGGGGACGGCGGCGUGCGGUGGGGGUCGACGAGAGCAGGGGGCGUAGGGGGUGGAGCGCUGGCCGUUGCCUGCAGCCGAACGCGUGGGCCUUUUGGGCCGCUGUCCUGCUCGCUUAAGAUUUUUCAGCGGCGGCGGCUGCAGCUGUACCGACACCCAGCCGUUCGGUUGCAGCCCAAGCCCACUCGUUGGCUAUAAGCUGUAACUAUCCUUUUACUUGGCCAGAGAGGCACCGCAGUGAGGAUGUACAGUACAAAUGCAUAAAGUAUAAACCUCACGCCCCGAACAGGGUAGUAUACAUUAAAA